GUCCAUUCAUUCAUGUGUAUUCUCGCGAUAUCGUGUCUCUAUCCAAACCGUUGCUCUGCGGUGAAUCUCGCGAGACCUCAAAGCGAGCUAAGCCAUCUGUAACGGAUCCCCUCCUGGAGACAGUGCAUAAAGGCAUCUAGAGUCGAUAAGAAGUCUCCCUGAAUCAUGGGGAACAUUUUUGGGAAUCUGUUGAAGAGCCUCAUUGGAAAGAAGGAGAUGAGGAUCCUGAUGGUGGGCCUUGACGCUGCAGGAAAAACUACAAUCCUCUACAAGCUGAAACUGGGGGAAAUAGUCACCACAAUCCCAACUAUCGGCUUUAAUGUGGAGACAGUGGAGUACAAGAAUAUCAGCUUCACUGUGUGGGAUGUAGGUGGGCAGGACAAGAUCCGCCCCCUCUGGAGACACUACUUUCAAAACACACAGGGUUUAAUCUUUGUGGUGGACAGCAACGACAGAGAGCGUGUCAACGAGGCGCGAGAGGAGCUGAUGAGGAUGCUGGCUGAGGAUGAACUGAGAGAUGCGGUGCUCCUCGUGUUUGCCAAUAAACAGGACUUGCCGAACGCCAUGAACGCCGCCGAGAUCACAGAUAAAUUGGGUUUACACUCCCUGCGCCAUCGUAACUGGUACAUCCAGGCCACCUGCGCCACCAGCGGCGACGGCCUCUACGAGGGCCUCGAUUGGCUGGCCAAUCAGCUCAAGAACAAAAAGUAGGAGGACGGGAAGCAUCCGGCAGCUACAACCGUAUUACUUUUUUUUAAUUUGUUUCAUUUGGGACUGAGGAGCGCAGAAUGGAAGAAUCUGAGAGAGAUUUUAGGCUUUCAUUUUCAGUCUGUCAUUUUCUGAGCCCAUUUUUAACCACACACCGACACACAAACCAUAAACAAUCACUCUGGCACGUGCUUUUCUUGUGUCCACCUCUUGUCUUUAGGUGCAGUGUCGUGUAUGUUUGUUGGGUCACAUAACGCCACCACAGCGGCAAGGUCGACUUGUGUGUUUUCUCACUUGAGGCACACGCUCAGUCAUAUUGUUUCAGUUUUCCCCACCAAGUUAACAAAACCAUCUUUGACAACAACACCAACACCGUGAAGAGCCAUUUGAGCAUUUUAUUCGAUAUCCUUGUACCUUGUAUCCUUGUGUAUCUUGUACACGCUUUGUCUUCACUCGUGUACGCCAACGUGCAUAUGGGUCUUCUUCUCUCCCUGUUAUGGGGAAUCUGACCACAAUUUGAGACCACCAACAGGUUGCUUGCGGAACAGCAGGCUGCCAACAUGACUGAGUGUUCAGUCUAAAGACACAAAAGAGGUGCUUUUUUUUGUUUUGUUGUUUAAAUAAUUUUUUUAUAUAUAUAAAAAAGAGGAACAUUAUAUAUACUUUGAUUGUUUUAAUUUUUAUUAAUAUGACUGCUGUAAUGCCCCAGUUUACCGUCUGGGGAUCAUUAAUUAGACGGACAACGAGAAAGAUAGUGAGAUACGGAGUGAGACAAAUUUGCACUAGUUGACAGAUGCGGCCUUGUAGUACUCUCUUUUCAAAUUCUACUCGUUAAAAUCUCGGGGUUCAGUUGUUCUGGAAGUGCACAGUUUGGCGUCCCUAAUGACAUUGAGUUGUCCGACGAGUAUGCCAAUGUCCUACCAGUAUGAAAAAAUGUCAUACAGCGGUGGGAAAAGCAUGACUUGCAAGACACAGCCGCUCUGCAGUCUACUAGUGAGGACAAAGUCAAUGCUAGUACAUGGAUCUUGAGCUGCAUAUCAAGGAUAUCAAAUAAAAUGUUUCCACAUACAGCCACAGGCGGCUAAUUUUGAAACAUGACGUUCUGAGUUUUGUUUAUUCAUUCCGGUGAAAGAUAUAGAUUGUCAUCACACACGGCCUUUUUUUUUUUUUUUUUUUUUGCCGGUUCAAAAACGCUUGUAUCAAAAUGAAUGGUCAUCCCUCUUGUUUGUCUGAUUGGUGGCAAGAUUCUGUCAUUGCAAGCUCAUAACUGUGUUGAUUCAAUGUGAAUAUUACGUGUGGCUGUAGAAAAGGCUGUUAAGUAUAUUUAUUUUACACAAAAGUCAUUUAUGUAGUUGAUGUGUCAGUAUAGGAACGAAAGCAGGGUAAAGAAGAUCAAAAUGUGGGCACAAGCAAACGAGCGAUACCAGCAGGCGUCUGUCGAGUAAUCUAAAAAAAUAAAAAUAAAAAAUUGUCUGUGCCGUACAUGACAACUAUUAUACUGUCAGCGUAUCCGUGCAUCUAUUAUAUGUUCAAUCUUGAGUUUGAUCAUUUGGGUUUUGUGGCCUUAUAUUUAGUGAUGGUAUCGGUUGAUUUUGAUCUUUUGCUUCUGAAUAUUUAUAAGGAAUAUUGUAUUGAUAAUUUUUCUCUCUUGCACUGUCAAAACAGAUUUGUGCACUGUAGUGUGAGAUGAUUAGGCAAAGGUUUGUCCUGCUGUAGUUUCUGUUUUGCCCAUAUCCUUGAUCCAUAUUAAGUGGUAGGUCUUACUUUUGUAUGGUUGACGGGACGGGAUGGGAUGGAUGUAUUUAAGCUUAACACGUGACCAUGUCAGUCAGGCGAAAGAGAAAAGAGAAGAAUCCCGGUAUUCAUUCUGUACCGUUCUAGUUACACACGUAGACGACAAUGUUUCAGUGCUGAGUGCAUGGAGACAGACAUCUGUAUGUGAUGAUCACUUCUGCUGUAUCACAAAUAAACCCAUUUUCU